CUGGAUCCUCAAACAAACCGAGCAAUGCUUUGAUAGCGAUAGAGCCACAGUGUUUAUAUAUAUAAAGGUAACUCAGACUGCUGAUUUCUUACCUAUAAUUGCCUCUACAUAUUAAGCUGAGAUAUCUAAAUGUUUUACAUCGUAUAAAUGACAGACUUCAGCUUUAAGGGAAAAGGGACUUUGGGGAAACAUUCGUUUCUGGCGUCAUACGUCACAUGAUAGAGCGUGACCAAUGGUAGAACGGCUUCGCCCUCUACACGGAACUGAUUGCGGAUUUCUUUGGCAGUCCAUGGCAGACCAAAAUGGUCACAUUGAUGUUGGCCCUCCAAGGGAAGCUGUGGCGGGUGUAGGCUUCCCUGCUCCUCCCCCACCCAUCUACGCCUGCACCCUUACUCCUGAACUGGUGGCCAAGGCACGGGAAGAGCUCCAGGAGAAGCCUGAAUGGAGGCUCCGGGAUGUCCAGGCAUUACGAGAUAUGAUACUAAAAGACCACCCUAAUCUGAGGACACGGUUAGACGAUGCAUUUCUGCUGCGCUUCCUCAGGGCCAGAAAGUUUGAUUAUGACCGGGCCCUUCAGCUUCUUCUGAAUUAUCAUGCCAAUCGGAAAGCCUGGCCUGAAGUGUUCCAGGACCUGAAGCCCUCUACGGUAAAGCACGUCCUAGACCUGGGUUUUCUCACUGUCCUUCCCAGACCAGACCCUCAUGGACGCUACAUACUGUGUUUACGGCCAGGUAAAUGGAAGCCUAAUGAUUACCCAUUUGUGGACAACAUUCGAGCUAUUUAUUUGACAUUAGAGAAGCUGAUUCAGCCUGAGGAAACCCAAGUGAAUGGAAUUGUUAUCCUGGUGGAUUAUGGGGGAGUUGGCCUCUCUCAAGCCUCUAAUCCAGGUCCACUUUUGGCCAAGAAAGUUGUUGGUAUCCUUCAAGAUGGCUUCCCAAUCAGAAUAAAGGCUGUAAACAUUAUAAAUGAACCACGUAUCUUCAAGGGUAUUUUUGCGAUAAUUAAGCCAUUUCUGAAAGAGAAAAUGGCAGAGAGGUAUGUCCUGCAUGGCUCAGACUUGGCCUCUCUCCAUCGAGUCAUUCCUCAAUCUGUGCUGCCUCAAGAGUAUGGAGGAGUGGCUGGAAGACUUGACAUGUCUGCCUGGUCCAGAACGCUGCUGGAGGCUGAGGAAGAGUUUGUGGUGGAGUUCUGUCAGCCUGAUCCUCUGGAGGGCGUCAUUCUGCCAGACUCCAUGCUGUUUGAGGGAGAGCAAGCUGGCGCACAUGGAGAGGACUCCUUCAGACAUCUGCGUUCCCAGCUUUAUUAUUGUUACUGACCUCCAGGCAAUGUGCAACUGUUUUUUUAAAACAUUUGUUUAGCUAUGACCAACUAUGUAUUCUAUUCACAGUGUGAUGAGGUCACCGGGUCAGUCUGACCGUUUAAAAGAUCUGGUACAGACAGCCAUUUAGAUGCUGGAUAUAUACUCAUUGCUUUGGCUUAACCUGUGUUUUAAAAACUUGAUUCAGAAUCAUUUUUAGAUUAUAAUACUCAAUAGCCAUCCAAUCAAUAUCCUUUUGAGAAGGAUCCCUGUUUUAAUAUAUAAUCAGUUUGUAUUUGUUUUCAGUUGUACAGUGAGCAUUGAAAUGUCUAAAAUAGUUAUUUUCAGAGCUACAUCAUUUUAUGUUACAUCUCAUAUAAUGCCUUAAUUUAUGGUGAAGGGAAUAUCAUUUAUAUUUAUUUAGAUUAUUUAUAUAGUACACGGAGAUAACCACACAUGUCAAUUAAAUACAAUGCAAUAACAAUGUGCAUUUUUAAAUUUAUAAGCCUCAGUACAGAGAAUUAUUUUAUCCUACAGAGAAUAAAAUAAUUACCAUGUUUCUUUCUGAUUUGUGGAUUGAAAAUCUCUAAUCCUUUUACUUUUCGCAAGUGUGCAUUACUGAAUUUACAAUUGACUUUCUGUACACACAAUACCUUUGUCCACAUAAGUUACAAGCUUUAGAAUUAGACAUCAGAUGUAUGUUUACAAUAUAUUAAGCUGAUGUGAGUUUGUUCAGUAUACUUCUUUACAUCUCGACUUCAUAACAUUUUUAAAGUUGAGUGGCCAAUAUAAAAUUUACAAUGUGUGGUUGUAUAUUGUCAUUUGCCAAAAUAGUUUAGAUAGACAUUAAUCUUUAAUGUUGUGUACCUUGUAUAGAUAACUGGUUCAGUUUAUUUUAAAUAUUAUGGGAUGUAAUUUAUUUUUGUCUUACUGAGCACAUUUAUGCCUUAGUUUCAAGCCUUAUGUUUGAUGUCAGUAUUGUAGCCAUAUCUUAUUAUUUAAAUACUUUAUUUUUCUGUUUGUGGAAACAGUCAAUAAACAUUACUUU